AUGGAAGGUUUCACUGUCCAACAGAUAAAGGAUCUUCAGCAACUUGUCUGUCCUCCAAAAGAAGAUUCCGAUUCGGACUCCGACGACGGCAAUCUGAGGCAGAGAUUGUCGAGACAAAAAAUUUGCCCGAGCGACAUUGGGAAAGCAGCAUGUGCAUCGUCCUCGGAAGCAGUGGCAUCCGCGAAAGCAGCGCAAAUCGUCUCCAAUUCUGAUAUAUGGCAUCCGUCAGAGGCAAAUAUAAGCGCGGCUUUGUUGAGCGAAGAUCCACGUACGGUGCCCGAGUACCAGAUGAAAUUCAAGCAGGCAGUCGGCACGGAGGACAUUUUUCUCGGCAUGAACCUGAAAACGCCGGCAACUGCGUCGUGUGAGUGGAUGAGCCUGCUGGUGCGACUGCCGGGCGAGCAGAGGGAAAGGGUCGAGUUGUCCGUCGAAGCGGACGUCGUUGAUCUACGCAGUCCGAGAUAUCGGCUGCAACUGCCGACGCCCCAUCCCGUUGAUCCUAAUGGCUCGUCGGCGAAGUGGCAUUCUGACAGCGAGUGCCUCGAGAUAACUCUCAAGCUCACCAGAGAGCUCGACGAUGUCAAUUUCUAAUGGGGAAUAUGUACGGA